AUGAGCUGGAGAGAUACCCUGGACUUUCUCUAUGGUCGCAAUGCACAAGAAAACCCACGACCGCAGGACCCCACCAUGUUUUCUGUCCCCUGCGAUGAAUUCUUCUACACCAAAUUUUGCUCCGAAAUAACAAAGUAUCGCGAAGGAAAGAGUACACCAGAGGCGCUCACUGAGGCGUUCAAUCAACUUGCUAAUCACACAUCUAUACCCUUAGCUGCGCAUGCCUUUUGGAAGGACAUGCGGCUAUUUUCGUGCAUCACAGAGUUCUUUGAGGAGUGUGUGAAUGGUAAGAAUAACGAAGCCGAUCAUCACUGGACAGAUAUGGUUGUUUUUGCUCUUGCGAAGCUUGUAGACACGCGAGCCGGAGUGUCCACGCUGGAGUCUUUGCCCCUGGAGCAGUUAGAUACCAUACUAGUGUUUCUUCUGAACCACGCGACCAACUUUCCACGCCUGUGGAAAAUCACGUAUGAGAUUUCGUGUGUCUCGAAGCUCUUAGAAGGGUACGAAAAGAACAUAGUGCGUGCUGGCACAGACUAUAUCGGUUCUAUCUUGAAUAAGUUCACUCGUCUCCAAGCUCAGUUAGAGAAUAAAAGGGUGGUACACACCACCCUUCCAGAGCACAAAGCAGUUCAAGAGCAGAUAACGAUCCUCAAAUAUGUUGUCUCCUCGGUCUACAACAUCUCAGUAACAUGUAGGGAUGCCUUCGACCUUAUAAUCGAUACUGCUCCAAACACGUUUUUAGAUCUCUUCAAACGCACAUACGAUAUAUUUAUAGUGUCUUCGGAUUACGGGCUACACCUGGUAGAGGAUUCUGUCGUUGAGAUGAACACGUUCAUUGACUCUGUUAUUCUAUUUGAUAGUUCGUCAUCACUAAGCUUCAGUACAGGGACUCUGCCACGCAACCUUAUCAUCUUGUUUGGUGAUUUCAAUACACAUGUUGCAAGUACAGCAGCCUUGGCAUUCGGGCGCAUAUGCUCCUCAAAUGCAGCAGUGCACUCCGUGUGGAACACCCUCAUGUUCGAUGAGAACAUGGCCCAUGUCGUCGCCGGGUUCAGGACAGGCCUCUCCCACACAGAUGAUGCAUUUCGCGAGGCAUGCUGCUCCGCGCUACUUUCUAUGCUCGACGGCCCCUUCAGAGUGAAGAAGGACGUCUUUAAGGCGGUUAUCUUUGAACCUGGCGCCGCCGAAAGGAAUGCAGAUGACCCUAACUAUGCUGCACUGUGUUCGCUUUUCGAGUAA